AUGGUUAUAACUACAAUUAAUAUGGAAAGAGAUGUACGACGUCGAUAUAAUCGACGAGUACUUUUUUGUCUUCGAAUUAAAGGAGCUGCUUUAUUCAUUGGCUUCUGGGAUUUAUUUAUUCAUUUAGUUGCAUUAUGUGCUAUUAUAUUUAUUAUGUUUGGAUUAGCAUCUGACUCUGUUAUUAUAUGUAGAUUAAAAAAUAAUGAAUUAUAUGAUCAAGUACCAAAAAUAUCUAUUGAUAAUUAUCAUAAAUCAUCAUCAGAAGAUAUAAUAAAUAAUAAAAAUUUUCUUUCAAAACAUUCAUUAUUAAAUCGUAUUUUGGAAAAACGUAAUAUGACUCGUCCAUUAAUGGAAAUGAAUCCAAGACAUUUUUAUUCAUAUGACGAUUUUAUGACUUUUCAUUGGAUACAAUCACUUAGUCAACGAGAUAAAUGUAUCGUCUUUGUCAUCAUUUUUUCGGUUACAAUGCUUAUAUUAGCACAUAUUUGUGGAGUUAUAACUAACAAACCAUCAUAUAUAGUUCCAUAUUUUCUAAUAAAAGUUUUUAAUGUUAUCAUAGCAAUAUUAACAAUGUUAGGUUUUUAUGCUUAUUUACCUGAUAUAAAAGCUUGGCUUCAAAUGCAAUCACAUUUUCCAUAUAAAAAUUAUUUACUUGAAUUCGAUGGACAGACACUUCAACUUCUUGUAUUUACUUCUCUUUUAUUUCUUAUUUUAGUUAAACUUUAUAUUGUGGCUAUUAUUUGGUAUUGUUAUGGUUAUAUAACAGCAUUAACAAUGGCUCGAACUAUUGGAACAUUUACAACUUAUACUGAUGUUCCACAACCAAUUAUUGGAGAGAUGUAUUCACCACCGAAAUAUGAAGAAGCAAUUAAAUCAAAUCCUCAACAACAAGAACAUUAUUCACCUCCACCAUAUACACCGUUAUUAUCAUCAUAA